AGCCACGCCUGAGCAGCAGCUGGGCCGCAGGACAGACGCAGAGACAGAAGAGGCUCGCGGUUCAAAGGAGAGAGAGUCGCUGCUGCUGAACACGGACACACACACACACCGAGCUCACCUACCGUGCCUGCAGCUGAAAACCAGCCACAAUGACGGACUCAGACAAGUUCCUGUAUGGGGACCGCAACACGACGGGGAACCCCAUGGCCCAGGCCGACUGGGCCACCAAGAAGCUGGUGUGGGUGCCCUCGGAGAGGCUGGGCUUCGAGGCCGGCUCCCUGAAGGAGGAGCAGGGAGAGGAGUGUGUGGUGGAGCUGACGGACUCUGGCAAGAAGGUGAAGGUCAACAAGGACGACAUUCAGAAGAUGAACCCUCCCAAGUUCAACAAGGUGGAGGACAUGGCGGAGCUCACCUGCCUGAACGAAGCCUCCGUGCUGCACAACCUCAAGGAGAGAUAUUACUCUGGACUCAUCUAUACGUACUCCGGUCUCUUCUGUGUGGUGGUCAACCCGUACAAGAACCUGCCCAUCUACUCUGAGGACAUUGUGAACAUGUACAAGGGCAAGAAGAGGCACGAGAUGCCCCCCCACAUCUACGCCAUCACAGACACAGCCUACAGGAGCAUGAUGCAGGAUCGUGAGGACCAGUCCAUCCUCUGCACUGGGGAAUCAGGAGCAGGAAAAACUGAAAACACCAAGAAAGUCAUCCAGUAUCUCGCCCAUGUUGCCUCAUCUUUCAAGUCCAAGAAAGAGCAGGGCAAUGCAGUUUUGUCACAUGGGGAACUGGAGAAACAGCUGCUGCAAGCUAACCCAAUCCUGGAGGCCUUCGGAAACGCAAAGACCGUCAAGAACGACAACUCCUCACGAUUUGGAAAAUUCAUCAGAAUCAACUUUGACGUCAACGGAUACAUCGUUGGAGCCAACAUCGAAACUUAUCUUUUGGAGAAGUCCCGAGCUAUCCGACAAGCCAAAGAAGAGAGGAGCUUCCACAUCUUCUACUACAUGCUGACCGGAGCAGGGGACAAGCUGCGCUCUGAGUUGUGUCUGGAGGAUUACAGCAAGUACCGUUUCCUGUCCAAUGGAAACAUGACGAUACCGGGCCAGCAGGACACCGACCUGUUCAAUGAGACCAUGGACGCCUUCCAGAUCAUGGGCAUCCCAGAAGACGAAAGGAUUGGUCUGCUGAAGAUCGUGUCGGCCGUGAUGCAGUUGGGGAACAUGAGCUUCAAGAAGGAGCGUCACACUGAUCAGGCCUCCAUGCCAGACGACACUGCUGCCCAGAAAGUGUGUCACCUGCUGAGCAUCAACGUGACUGACUUCACACGAGCCAUCCUGUCCCCCAGAAUCAAGGUUGGCAGGGACUAUGUGCAGAAGGCGCAGACACAGGAGCAGGCUGAGUUUGCCAUCGAGGCUCUGGCCAAAGCCUCUUACGAGAGGAUGUUCCGCUGGCUGGUGAUGAGGAUCAAUAAGGCGCUGGACAAGACAAAGAGACAGGGAGCCUCCUUUAUCGGCAUCCUGGAUAUUGCUGGAUUUGAGAUCUUUGAGUUGAACUCAUUCGAGCAGAUGUGCAUCAACUACACCAACGAGAAACUGCAGCAGCUCUUCAACCACACCAUGUUCAUCCUGGAGCAGGAGGAGUACCAGAGGGAGGGCAUCGAGUGGAGCUUCAUCGACUUCGGCCUCGACCUGCAGCCCUGCAUCGACCUCAUCGAGAAACCUGCCGGUCCUCCAGGCAUCCUGGCUCUGCUGGAUGAAGAGUGCUGGUUCCCCAAAGCCACGGACAAGAGCUUCGUGGAGAAGGUCAUUCAGGAGCAGGGGACGCACCCCAAGUUCCAGAGAGCCAAGAAACUCAAGGAGGAUGCAGAUUUCUCCAUCAUGCACUAUGCUGGAAAGGUUGACUACAAAGCAGACUCAUGGCUGAUGAAGAACAUGGAUCCUCUGAACGAGUGCGUCGCCGCUUUGUUCAACCAGUCUACAGACAAAUUAACCUCAGACCUGUGGAAAGACAUGGACCGUAUUGUGGGCCUGGAUAAGGUGGCAGGGAUGUCCGACUCCAUGCACGGUGCGUUCAAGACCCGUAAGGGCAUGUUCCGCACGGUGGGCCAGCUCUACAAGGAGCAGCUCGGUAACCUCAUGGCCACGCUCAGGAACACAAACCCAAACUUCGUCCGCUGCAUCAUCCCCAACCACGAGAAGAAGGCUGGUAAACUGGAGCAUCACCUGGUUCUGGACCAGCUCCGGUGUAAUGGAGUCCUGGAGGGGAUUCGUAUCUGCAGACAGGGCUUCCCCAACCGCAUCGUCUUCCAGGAGUUCAGACAAAGGUAUGAAAUCCUCACUCCCAACGCCAUCCCAAAGGGCUUUAUGGACGGCAAGCAAGCCUGUGUGCUCAUGAUCAAAUCCCUGGAGCUGGACCCCAACCUGUUCAGGGUCGGUCAGAGUAAAGUGUUCUUCAGAGCCGGGGUCCUGGCCCACCUGGAGGAGGAGCGAGACAUUAAGAUCACCGACGUCAUCAUCAGCUUCCAGGCCUGGUGCAGAGGAUACGUGGCCCGCAAAGCCUUCGGCAGAAGACAGCAGCAGCUGUCUGCCAUGAAAGUGAUCCAGAGGAACUGUGCUGCUUACCUCAAACUGAGGAACUGGCAGUGGUGGAGGCUUUUCACCAAGGUGAAGCCUCUGCUGCAGGUCUGCCGGCAGGAGGAGGAGAUGCUGGCUAAAGAAGACGAGCUGGUCAAGACGAAGGAGAUGCAGCUGCAAGCUCAGGAGCAGCUCAAAGAUUUUGAGACCAAGCAGGAUCAACUGAACCAGGAGAAGUCGGCUCUGCAGGAGCAGCUGCAGGCGGAGACAGAGUUGUGUGCCGAGGCCGAGGAGAUGAGAUCCCGUCUGUCCGCCAGGAAGCAGGAGCUGGAGGAGAUGCUGACUGAGAUGGAGUCUCGCCUGGAGGAGGAGGAAGAGAGGGUCACCCAGAUGGGUACCGAGAGGAAGAAGAUGCAGCAGAACAUCACGGACCUGGAGCAGCAGCUGGAUGAGGAGGAAGCAGCGAGACAGAAGCUCCAGAUGGAGAAGGUCACCACAGACUCUAAGCUGAAGAAGCUGGACGAGGAGAUCAUGAUGCUGGACGACCAGAACAACAAGCUCAACAAGGAGAAGAAACAGAUGGAGGAAAGAAUCUCCGAGUUCACCACCAACUUGACUGAAGAGGAGGAGAAGUCCAAGAGCCUUCAGAAACUCAAGAAUAAACAUGAAGCCAUGAUCACAGAUUUGGAGGAUCGUCUAAGAAAGGAGGAGAAAUCCCGUCAGGAGUUGGAUAAGAACCGCCGUAAACUUGAGGGAGACUCCACCGAUCUCAACGACCAGAUCGCAGACCUGCAGGCUCAGCUCGCUGAACUCCGAGCUCAGUUUGCCAAGAAGGAGGAGGAACUCCUUGCUGCUCUUUCCAGGAUCGAGGAGGAGGCCGCAGCCAAGAACUCGGCCCAGAAGAAGAUCCGGGAGCUGGAGGCUCAGAUUUCUGAGCUUCAGGAGGAUCUGGAGCUGGAGAGGCAGGCGCGCUCCAAGGCGGAGAAACACCGCAGGGACCUGGGAGAGGAGCUGGAGGCGCUGAAGACCGAGCUGGAGGACACGUUGGACUCCACCGCAGCACAGCAGGAGCUCAGGUCCAAGCGUGAGACAGAGGUCUCCCAUCUGAAGAAGAAUCUGGAGGAAGAGGCCAAGAUCCACGAGCAGCAGAUGGCUGACACGAGACAGAAACACAACCAGGCAUUUGACGAGAUCAAUGAACAGCUGGAGCAGGCCAAGAGGAACAAGGUGUCGGUGGAGAAAGCCAAGCAGGCCCUGGAGAGCGAGUGGAACGAGUUGCAGAUUGAGAUGCAGAAUCUGACUACAGGGAAGGGAGACUCUGAACACCGUCGCAAGAAAGCUGAAACCCAGGUUCAAGAACUGCAGCUCAAAUUCGGAGAAAGUGAGCGACAUAGGCUGGAGACGUCAGACAACACCGUCAAGCUGCAGUCGGAGCUAGACAAUGUGAACAACCUCCUGAGUGUUGCAGAGGGCAAGAACAUCAAAUCCAGCAAAGACUUUUCUGCUACCGAGUCUCAGCUGCAGGAUACACAGGAGUUGCUCCAGGAGGAGACCCGUCAGAAGCUCUCCCUCUCCACCCGCCUGAGGCAGAUGGAGGACGAGCAGAACAACCUGAGGGAGAUGCUGGAGGAGGAGGAAGAGAGCAAGAAGAACGUGGAGAAGCAGGUCACCUCUCUGCAGACCCAGAUGGCAGACCUGAAGAAGAAGCUGGACCAGGAGGUCUCCACCCUGGAGGGGGCAGAGGAGGGUCGCAAGCGAGUCCAGAGGGAGUUUGACAGCUUGACGCAGCAGCUGGAGGAGAAGAGCGCGGCCUACGACAAACUGGACAAGACAAAGACGCGUCUGCAGCAGGAGCUUGACGACAUGAUCGUAGACCAGGACCACCUGAGGCAGAUCGUCUCCACCCUCGAGAAGAAGCAGAGGAAGUUUGACCAGAUGCUGGCCGAAGAGAAAACCAUUUCCACUCAGUAUGCAGAGGAGCGGGACAAGGCUGAGGCCGAGGCCAGGGAGAAGGAAACACGAGCGCUGACUCUGGCCCUGGAGUUGGAGACCAUGUCAAGCCUUAAAGACGACAUAGAACGCACCAGUAAGCUGCUCAAAGCCGAGAUGGAAGACUUGGUAUCCUCAAAGGACGACGUCGGCAAGAGUGUGCAUGAGCUGGAGAGGUCAAAGCGUGCCACGGAGCAGCAGCUGGAGGAGAUGAAAACUCAGCUGGAGGAGCUGGAGGACGAGCUGCAGGCCACAGAGGACGCCAAGCUGCGCCUGGAGGUCAACAUGCAGGCCAUGAAGGCCCAGUUUGACCGAGACCUGACGGCCAGAGACGAGCAGGGAGAGGAGAGGAGGAAACAGCUGGUCAAACAGGUGCGUGAGAUGGAAGUCGAGCUGGAGGAUGAACGUAAGCAGCGCUCUCUGGCCCUCUCGUCCAAGAAGAAGCUGGAGCUGGACCUGGGAGAGCUCGAAAUCCAGAUCGAUGCUGCCAACAAAGGGCGUGAUGAGGCCCUCAAACAGCUGAAAAAGCUCCAGGCCCUGGUGAAAGAUCAGAUGAGAGAGCUGGAAGAGCUGCGUCUGUCCAGAGACGAGGCUGUCAACGAAUCCAAGGAGACCGAGAGGAAGCUCAAGGCCAUGGAGGCUGAAGCCCUGCACUUCCAGGAGGAUCUUGCCACUGCUGAGAGACUCAAGAGACAGAUUCAGAACGAGAGGGACGAGAUCCAGGAAGAGAUGAGCAGUAGCAACACAAAGAAUUCUCUUCUGGCAGACGAGAAGAGGAGGCUGGAGGCUCGUAUCACGCAGCUGGAGGAGGAACUGGAGGAGGAGCAGCUCAACACCGAGAUGGUCAACGAUCGUUGGAAGAGAUCCGCACUGCAGACCGAGCAGCUGACCACAGAGCUGGGUGCAGAGCGCAGCGGCUCCCAGCGGCUGGAGGGGGCUCGGUCCCAGCUCGACCGCCAGAACAAGGAGCUGAAACUGAAGCUGCAGGAGCUCGAAGGAACCAUCAAGUCCAAGUAUAAGUCCUCCAUCACCACCCUGGAGGCCAAGAUGGGUCAGCUGGAAGAACAGCUGGACAUCGAGUCAAAGUGAGUGU